AUGGCGUCCUCGAUCAGCUCCAAUCCGGAACCCUUGGCUGUCCUCUCCACCAUGGUCAAUCAGACGCUCAUCGAGACAGGACGCUUUUUCCGAUCAUCGGGUUCCCUGCAAUCAAAGGCCCAUUUGAAGCGUUCAAUCCCUGCUGCUCAUGAACAAUUCCAACGUGCGCUUGACAGCCUCUCUGAGGAGAUAUUUAUCGCAAAGGCGUUUCUAGAGAGGGAUUACAAAGCAGUUAUAGCCAAAAAAACAUCUAUCAAACCUGUGCAAGAUGUGAUGAUGAAGGAAGCGGACGAGAGAGAAGAACUGGGAAAGGUGCCAUCACAGCCUGUAGAGGAUGGAAGGACGGCUAAGGACAUAGAAGAAGCCGGACCCCAAGUGACGACCGAUGGCGCUAUUGCGGUGCCUACAGCUGCGGGGGCACGCCAACCAAAUCUCCUCGGUAAUAUAGAAAACUCCGAAGCAGUGCCAGACGAAAACCCAGCCCCGGAACAAUCACAACCAGGAACUGGGGAAGACAUCAAUUUCGGCUCCAUGCUCAACAACCCGGAGGGUGGUCCGAAUGAAUUCGACCUGCACCUCAAUUUCAGCAGUGAUGAUGUUGGGCAUCACAACUUCCUCUCCGGCCAUAACUUUGUAAACUUAGGAGCAGAGAACAAUGGUCUAGAUUCUGAAUUGCCGGACACGAAGACUGGUGUGGGCCAGCCGUAUCAACAGGGAGAACAACAGCCUGACACACAGACUAAUAACAAUCCAGAGGAAGUGAUGGCGCCUGGAGAAUCCAGCUUUGAUGAUCUGUUCAUGGACAAUGACAAUUUUGAAGGGGGUGGCACGGGCGACCAGGGCCUACUUGAAGGUGACCAUCUGAUGAAUAUGAGCGAACUGGACGACAGUUGGUUCACCUGAGGGGUAUAUUCUGUCCAGUAUUCACUACGUUGCAUUUCUUCCUACUUAAAAUACAUCAUUAGUCCUUCCUUGUCGAC